GAUAAAUGAAACAAAUACUGUUAUCUGAUUACGAAGUGAGUUUAAUCAAGGUUUGUUUUGAAAAUUCAAAUCAUAUUUAAUACUAUUAUAAAGUUUUUAGCUAACAGUUUUCUAACUAGCGUACAAAAUUUAAAAAGCAUUUAAUGUUUUGGGAAUAUUGAAAGAAAGAAAAAGGCGUAAAACAAAAUGGUUCUGGCGAAGGUUGGCGAAGCGCUGAAGUCGCUCACAGUGGAGCCCUUCCUCUUUCUCAGCUUCUUCGGGUAUGUGGUGCGUUUAGUAUCCUUCCAAGAUCUCCUGAUGGACAGAGCAUGCCGGAACACGUUUAGUUACCCAGACGAGAUCUGCGACAACAUAAAACUCCAUAAGGUGGAACAAGCAAAGAGCAUGGAGGUGGGCAAUAAUCUCUAUACUGGUGUCCUGCUGCUGACUAGCCUUCCCGCUGUGGUCGUGAUCAUUUUCAUUGGUCCGUGGAGUGACAAGUACACUAGAAGGUGGCCCCUCAUCAUAGCUUCAGUUGGAAUGUUGGCGGAAAGUCUUUCGACUACAUUUCUUGCCAUUAACACUCAUGUUCCACCCAUGUAUUUCAUGUUCGUGUCCCUUUUCUCAGGAAUCACGGGAGGUUUCCUCGUUGCAAUGUCCUCAGCUGCAAGUUAUUUGUCAGAUAUCACCAAUCCUCACUCCAGAGCAAGUCGCUUUGCAGUACUAGAGUUUUUUUCACUGACUGCAAACAUCUUUGGAAAUGUGGCUGGUGGCCAGAUCUAUAAGGCAUAUUCACAUCUGCCAGUUAUUGGUUUGGCACCAUGUUUUCAUUUAGCAGCUUUAUUGUAUGCCAUAUUCUAUUUAAAGGAGACAAAGCCCCCGAUAGAUCGAAGCAAGCUGAAAACGAUUUUCAAAGAUCUCUUUACUUUGGAUAACAUCAAACAAAGUUACCAAACUUGCGUUAAGAAAAGAUAUGGUAAUAUCCGCAAGCAGAUUUGGUUUCUUAUUUGGAUCGAUACCAGUUUUAAGCUGGUACAUAUGGGCACAAUGGGAAUAGGAUUUGCAUAUGCAAAAAGGAUGUAUCAUAUGGAUGUGACUGACUAUUCAAAUGCAAACACAAUAUUUCCAAGUAUUCAGGCAAUUGCAACUAUUGGACUGAUUCCUUUUCUGAGUAAGAAGCUACUCCUUCAUGAAGCAGCUAUUGGACUGAUAGGCAUCCUUUCCAUAAUGUCGAAGUACACUUUACUCUCGGUUGCUUACUCAGUACCUUUCUUUUAUGCGGCAAUGAUAAGUGGUUCGUUAAGUAACAGCAUCACAAUUGCUGUAAGGUCAAGGUUAUCCAAGGUUGUUCCCAAAGAAGAGCUCGGUAGAGCUUUCUCUUUAAUCGGAACUUUUACAGCAAUUGCACCUAUAUUAGGAACUUCAGUUUUCUUCCAAAUCUACAAUGCAUCCAUUAUGACAUUUCCCGGAUUAGCAUACGAUAUUGCAGCAAUUUUCCUAGCACCUUCCAUUAUCAUAUUCUUGUGGAUCAUGAGACUUCCAACCGUGUCCGUUGGAGACUACGGUAAAGAACUCGAGUCUGUCUCCUCCAAAUACAAAACUCUCGAGGAAGAACCUGAAAAAUCAUAAUAAAAUACAAUUCCACUGUUACUACGAGCCACUCCGAGGAUUUUUUUAAAUUUGAACAUUGCCAAGUGCGUAGUUGAUGUGGCUCCAGAAUGGAGAGAGUAAAAAAACAGGUUUUAAUUACUAUACUGUAAAAUGUUCGAUAUAACGAGUACUGCAAAUUACGAGAAGUCUGCUACCCGCCAAAAUAAUCAAAAGCAUUGGUACGAAAAAGAAACUUACAUGGAACAAAGAAUAUAGAGGGCGCUCCCCUCAGUAUUCUUUGCAUGGAAGACCAGAGAAUUUCCUGUCUACAAUUUUUAAAACAAACGCUCUAUUUCUAAACCAAACACUAGAAAGUAAUGAGAAAAAAAAAAGGUUUUAAUUACCAUACUGUAAAAUGUUCGAUAUCGAUGUAACGAGUACUU